AUGUAUAAAUACUUUAUAUUAUUUAUUUUGGUUUUAUCCAUUGGAUCCGUUUUUUCUUUAGAAGUUGACAAACCUCCUAAAUAUUAUAUCAUUGAUAUCUUUUUUAAAGGUUGUAAUGAUAUUAUUAGAACCACAUUAGAUCCCGAUACUUUUGAAUCUGCUUGUUAUGAUAUGGAAAAAUCUUGCCCCAAUAUCACAGCAGGACUAAAGAUUUCAUAUAUAUAUGGUAAUCUAUAUGAAUAUAAAAGAUUCACAGAUGGAAAAUGUGAUAAAAACGAUAAUUUUAAUAGUUUCAAUUGCACAGAAAAAAAUAUUCCAAAAGAAGCAAUUAUUCAAGAUGACUUUUCAGAUGGAUUAGCAGUAAAAUGCUAUGAAACAAGUGCCCCACCUUUGAACGGCAAUGGAAAUGUUACAAGAGUAAACCCAAAAUACAACCUUGAGGAUUCUAUUGACCUGGAUACAAUAGUUGAAAAUAAAGAAAAACCAAAAACCAAAUCCCCUGUCCCAAUUCAGAAUGAAUUAGAACCAGAUUAUAAUGCAGGCUCAUCUAAACUAAUUAUCAAUUAUUUAAUUUUGGCAUUGUUAUUUUUGUUAUCAUUAAUAUUUAAUUAA